AGUGAAGCAUAUUCCUGCGGUCUAGCCACUUUCUUUGCCGUCAAGCCUAUCAUCUUGGCCUCCUGCACGCCACUGCCUGCACGCAACCGCCCAACAUUCACUCUCCAAACUUUCUGGCUCCUCCUCUGCCAGUUCCCGAAGCCUUGUAACCCGCCACCGACACCACCGUCUUCAAACUGCAUAAACUUCGCGCCUUGAGGCGCAAAGCGAAGCUCAAGGGCGUCCUUAUACGGACCGACCAAGACAUGGCCACCGCAGGGAUUCCAAUAUCUCCGUCAUCGUCCAAGCGCUCGCGUAGCAGAGACAGCACGCGCUCUGUGACGACUUCGUCCCUCCACACGCCCGCCGCGAAUACGCCCUUCAUCACUCCCUCUGUGAGCGCAAAUAGCCUUAUCAUACCUUCGCCGACCCCGAGCACGCCUGCCAACGGCGAGCAAUACCCUCAAGACGCGACUCCAUACCCCGCCUUUCUGAAAUCAAGUAGAGCAGAUUUGAAUGCAAAAUGGAAUCGAUUAGAAUGGACACAAAUGGAGCGCCUAAGGGACAGCGCUCAAGCCACAGGAUCCGACCAGCCAAGUCAAUGGGCAAGAUGCACUGGAGAAGAAUAUGCGUUGCGUAAUAGGUACGUUAACGUCGACCCAUAUCAAACAAACAGAGUGCAUCUGGAAGUACCGGAGGGCCAAUUUGAUUACAUCAACGCGUCGCCAAUAUUAUUGGAGUCGACCAAGUCGAAAACAUCUUUGCGAUACAUCGCGACACAGGGUCCCAAAGCUGAGAGCUGGUCACAUAUCUGGCGCAUGGUUUGGAAAGAAAAUGCGUCGCCGGCAGUGAUCGUAAUGCUCACGCAGACCUACGAGGCGAAUCGCGAGAAAUGCCACCCAUACUUUCCACAGGCCCUUUCGAGUCCCGACAUGCGCAUCAACGAGCAUGACGAGUUUGAGGAUGCCUUCAUACACGACCUGCAUUUGGCGUCACUGUCACACGAUGACGAGGCCAGGACACAAGUCAGAGAGAUAGAUAUGACCACGGACGAUGGCAGUGAAUCGAAGAAGAUUUGGCAUCUACUCUUUGCUGGGUGGCCAGAUUUCUCGGUGCCUGAGGGAGCUAAUAGAGCAGCCAUGCUGAAACUUGUGGACAUAUCUCGGUCAAAGAAUGGAGACAACUCGACGAACCCGCGCAUCGUGCACUGUUCCGCAGGCAUAGGGCGCAGUGGAACCUUUAUCGCCCUCGAUUGGCUAAUGCAGGAGCUUGAAGAGGGCUCGCUAGAUGCCACUCCGGAGAAUGAGGAUCCGAUCGUGAAGGUUGUCGAGAUGCUCAGGGAUCAGCGAGCCGGCAUGGUGCAGUCGAAGAAUCAGUUUCUGUUCAUCUACGAUGUCCUUCGCGAACGGUGGCGCGAGCGAUGGAUCUUGGAAAACCCGAGCGAGGCCAGCAGGCUCGGCGUCAUCAUCACCGCUAUGACCGACAGUGAGCCAGCACUCAAAAGGCAGAAGUCUAUGCCAGACGGAGAAGCUAUGCCACGACCGGGGAUAGAUGUGAGUGACGCUGCGUCUGGAUUAGAUGCGCGCGCAGCACUCGAAGCCGAACUCAUGGAUGCAGACAUGUCGUAUGAGAAAGGCAAAACGUAAUUAACCUUUCUCUUUUGUCUAGGCUCUUUCGCGCAGGCCCCCGCGGCAAGUUUCUUUUGUCCCCACGCCUGUCCUGCACCAUUAUACGAGUCUGGAGAGUCUUGGGGCACCAGCAGCUCCGGACGCGUUGCAAGUGAACGCAGCGGACGUCGUGGAAAACGUGAAUGGUUCACACGACCUGGAGGCGCAAGAUCCACCACGUUCCCUUGCUCG